AUGUCUCAAAAAUGUGUCCAUCAAGGUUGCGGGAAAGAGUUUACCGAUCCAGAUGAGAAGUGCGAGUACCACCCUGGUCCGCCCAUUUUCCACGAGGGGCAGAAAGGAUGGAAGUGCUGCAAGGCUCGUGUCUUGACAUUUGACGAGUUUAUGGAUAUUCCUCCUUGUACGACGGGCACACACUCGACCACCGACAAGCCGCCUCAGCUUGAGGAGAAACCCCAGCAGGAUGACGCUGCCCUCGCUCAGAAGAUCGAUGCUCUAAACGCCGCCACUCCGUCUCGCGCACCGAUUCCAAUUGCCCAGCACGCUCCUACGCCACCGCCGCCUGCUCCUGAGUCGGAAGAUGAUGACCCCAGUCUUGAGAUUGCGGACGGUGUUGGCUGUAAGAGAAGGGCAUGCGGCGCAACGUACAAGAAGGGCAGCUCGAGGGAUGACGAGGAGUGUGUUCACCAUCCAGGAGUACCAAUCUUCCACGAGGGGAGCAAGGGAUACUCCUGUUGCAAGAGGCGAGUGUUGGAGUUUGAUCAAUUUAUGAAGAUUGAGGGGUGCAAGACGAAGAACAGACACUUGUUUGUCGGCAGUGGUAAGAAGGAUGGCCCCAAUAGUGAGGAGGUCGUCUCCAACGUCAGGCAUGAUUUUUACCAGACCCCAGUCAAUGUUAUUGCAUCCUUCUUCCUGAAGAAGAUCGACAAGAGCACAGCCAAGAUCGAGUUGCAGCUGAAGCAACUGAACCUGGACCUUACUACAACCGACUCGCCCCCCAAGCGCUAUACAGCCCGAGUCCCUCUCUAUGCGUCGAUCGACCCAGAGAAGUCAUCGUACAGAGUGCUCGGCACGAAGCUAGAAUUUGUCCUAGCCAAAUCUGACGGCACCUCAUGGCCAGUGUUGCGAGGGGACGAGGCCCUGACAGGUGAGAUCCUUCAGGUCGGCCGAGCUGGAAGGGCUUGA